AUGGCAACAACAGCCUUCAAAGCUGGGAAGAUCUACUUGUGGGAACACCCAGAGGACUUGGGCAGAGUCAAAGACACGGACGAUGCCCCUGGAAGCAUCUGGCAAUGGGAUGAACUACGCACAUUGCAACUGGAAUCGGACGCAACAACAUGGGCAAUCUACCAAUGCCAUUUUGGCGCAGACACACCCAAGCCCACCCGGUUCUUGGGAAACAUUGACAAGGAAAUGCCCCACAGCGGGUGGCCAACUUUUGAUGCAGAAGGUUUUUACUCUGGACCUUUGGGGGCUGGCUGUGGUCAUCGGUUCCAUGUGCGUAAGCUGAUUGGAAAAACCAAAGGUGUUUGGAACACAUCUCCAUCAGCAGCUUGUCCUUCAAAGCUCUGCAAGUACUUAGCCCAAUUGCUCUUGUCUCGCUUCGUUGGGGGGCGGACAGUCCUCGACAAACCAGCGCUUUCAGCAGUGGAUGGGCCAUCUCAAGUACGGCCGGCUACUGAAGAGGAGGAAGAUCAGGGCCAUACAGAGGGGACAGAGGACAACAUCUCACCCCUGGACGACGGCAAGGCCAAGGAGCCUAUCUCGUCUGACUGGGAUUUGAAGCGUGCUCGAUUGGUGGAUGGUCUGGGCCUCUGCUCACCCAACCGCUGGUGGCCUUCAGAUCGUUUUGUUUUCCAGCAAACCUCGGCAGCUGGCUUGGCCGAAGAUCUUCAUGAAUUGGUCCGGAGCUUUGUGAUAAAGAACAUCGCUGACUUGAGGCAGGCAUCCUUUGAGCUUGCAGUUGGGAAGAUGACUAAGUCUCCUUUCUCUAGUGAGGCCUUAGAGGAGGUGCGCAAACGUUGGGCACAAUUGCUGUCACGGCCGGACAAGGCCCUCUUCAAGGCUGAGAGACAGCCUUUUUUGCUGGAGCUUCUUUCUCAGACGUUACAAGGCUUAGGUGACCCAGACUGGCGGGUGCUCACAGAGGAGGUCGAUUCCUUCUCGUCAGGGGUACCAGUGGGUUACGACCAACCUUUGCCCCGAGUGUCAGCCGUGUUUCCUCCCAAGGAGAGAUUUCGAAAACUGGAUGACUCCGUCUUCAUGGAGGACUCGGCCAAUUAUAAGUCUGCAGACGGCAUGUCACACAAGCUGGAGGAGAAAUUCAGGGAGGAGGAAGCUUUGGGUCGAAUGUACCCCACAACCUUGGGGGCGUUGCAGUCGCGAUUUGCUGGACAGAAGGUGCUGAUAGCUCCGAUGGGAGCCUUGGAGAAGCCGGAUGGAGGUGUGAGACCUUUACAUGAUGCAACACACCAUGUGCAAGUCAACAAUGCAAUUCAAUUCCAAGAUCAACUGGAGUACCCUGGCCCUGGCGAUGCAGCAGCGGUGGUUGAGUCCUCUCGCUUGGUGCGGGAGUCUUGCUUUGCAAUUUCGGCUGACAUUCAGGCUGCACACCGGUUAGUCAAGGUCCGUGAGAAAGACUGGAGGCUGCUUUGUUGCAGGGCCCACUCAGACUCAUUGGUGGUGUGGGUCAACUGCGUGGGCACCUUUGGAGUCAGUUCCGCAUCGUACUGGUGGACGCGGCUGUUUGCCUUGGUGGGCAGGUUGGUCACUUCAGUUUUGAGGCAGGCACCUAACUUGCAGAUUGUUUAUGUGGACGACCUGCACAUUUUGGUUUGGGGGCCUGACAAGUUUCUUUGGUUGUGGAUGAUGAUUGCUACCUAUGAGAUUGUGGGCACCCCCUUUGGAUACCACAAGUUCAAAGGGGGACUGGAGAUUCCUUUCGUUGGUUACGAAUUGGAUUAUUACCGAAAGACCAUUGGCAUAUCUCUCAAGAGGGCUCGUUGGCUGAGAGACUUCAUGGGGGAGCUGGAGCAGAGGCGCUACACGGUGCCAAUGAGGGACUUCAACGAAUUUCUGGGGCGGCUGGGUUUUGUAGCAAGGAUUCUGGUUUGGAUCAAACCUCACCUGGCGCCACUUUACAGUUGGAGCGCUGCCUUGGAUCGGGGCUGUGUGGCGACGAUGCCCAAGAUGGUCAGGUUGGUGAUUCUUUAUCUCCAGUCUCAGUUGGAGGUUUUGACAAGGCGACUCAGCAGCUCAGCGCCUUUGAGGAGCCAUCGAGAGGAAUUCAGAACUGAUGCAAAAUGCGAAAGAGGCCGCAUAGUUCUGGCAGGGCACCACUUGGUGGACCACCGCUGGUUUAUUAUAGAAGUGGCCCCCCAUCAGGCCCCCUUCUUGUUUGACAAGGGCUUGGAAUCUAGCUGGGCGUCAGCUUCAGCAGAGUUGCUGGCGUCUUUGGCAGCAUUGCAGCUCUUUGGAUAUCUUGAAGACAAAGGGGUCAGACGCAUCGUCCCAGUAGCAGUGGCAGCAGGUACUGACAAUCAGGCCAAUGAAGCUCUGGCCAAGAAACGGUCGUCCACUGCUUGGCCACUCAUGCUCAUCAACAUGCAGUUGUCACAUCACCUUUUCAGAUCAUCAUUGCAGUUGACAUUGAAUUGGCGGCCGCGCGAUGAGAACCAGGACGCGGACGACCUAACGAACGGUCUGGUCGCCAAGUUCGAUACAAAGCUGCGGGUGUCAGGUGUUUUCGAAGAUUUGAAGCUUGAGCUGUUGGAACAGCUGUGGGCGGCACGGGAAGACUUCUUAGAUAAAGAUGCACUUAAGACCUGGCCAGCCAUAUCAGAUUCAGCCGCCAGCUUCAAGACUUCAGGAAAAUGGUGA